AUGUCCCAAUCCAGCAAUCCCCGUCCCACCCCCACAAAAUAUGCCCCAAUCGGUGCCUACGGCAUCGGCUUCGUCGAAGGCCCAACGGGCCACCUGCACAAAGCCGCCGGCCAAGUGCUUACAAUCCUCCACUGCACGCGCCUGAUCGAAGUAACCCCCGAAACCGCCUCUGCCGCUUCAAGUUUCAAACCCGCCGGCCUCGGACACCUAAACCUCGUCUCGAAGACUCGAGCAGGCGACGGCGCGCAUAUCCUGCCCAAGGGUGACGUCGAUAUAGUUGGCGAGUGCAGUUUCGGGUACUGGACUGACGACGAGGGGUGCUUGAGGCUCGGGUAUGGGCGGGUUGUGCGGGUGUGGAGGGAGUUUAGUGUGCGGAUUGUGGAUCCGUUCAAGGGGCCUGGGCCCGAGUUUGAUGCGGGGGCGCUGGAGGCGUUGGAUGAGGAGGCACUGGCUGCGCGGCGGAGGGUGAAUCGGACGGCCAGGGUUUGUAGUGAGAAGGGGGAUGUUUAUCGGAUUGAUUUGUUUUCAUAG